CCGUCCUCAAAGUUACCCGAACAAUUAGCAUCCAUCGCACACUUAUAUAUGUACAUAUUUCUAUUUCUGACCUUCAUCGUCCACGUUCACUCUCUGCUUUCCUGCGUCUCUGUAUUUCCCUUCAUUAAUUUCCAUUCUUCCCUCGUUGAGACAGAGAAAAUCAUGAUGGCGGGGUCAGUCAUUACCCCACCACAAACCAGCAAAGGUCUCGCGGCGUCUUUGCUCGAGGACUGCAACGCGCUCCUGUCCGAACUCGCAUUCCUUCAAUCCCAUCUUGCAGCCAUUGGUAAACCCAAUGCAGUUGAAUUGCGACAGUUCAAGUCUUUCGUGCAAUCCGAGUUGAAAUCUUUGAAGAAAUUGUCAGAGCUAGCCGCGAAAACGGAUACUCCGAUAGAUGGGCCUCUAGCCGAUGGCGAUGGUGAUAACGAUGGCGAGAAGGCUAGCCAGGAUGAAGCGGAGAUACGGGUCCUACACUCUCUACGAUCGUCCAACCUCCCGUUCUAUUCAUCUGUGUGGAACGUGUCAAAAUCGAGUUGUUGUGGUCUGGUUGCGUUCAGCAAGCGUUUUUACUGGUACAAAGCUAAGCGCAAUGCUCAUGGAUCUGGAAGAGAUGGAAUGGACGGGAUAGCUACGCCGACUUCAACCCGAGAUCUUGAGCGCUCAAUACAGGGAUUACAUGUUUCGGCAGAUGCGCACAAGGCGGUCGAAGAAAAUUUGAGCAAAGUAGGGUUGCAGAAGAGAAGUGUGCUGGUGGAUAUAGUAGCUGACAACGGGGAGGAGUGGGUCAAGGUGUCUACUGUCACUACUAGUCGGCUACUGUUCGAGUUGGCCAAAAGGGGCUGGGAAAUGGGAUGUGACUCGACCAGUGAAGAUGGGGAGGCGCAAGGAGCCGAGGUCUAUAGGCUACAGAAUGAUGAUGACAGCGACGAUGAUGACGAGGAUACCAUCGAAUUAGUAAGGCUUGCUACGGACAUGAAAAAGGCGGCUGCCCUAGUCAGAGUCAGAUAUAAGCAUCCUCGGAUCCGUUUUGUGCUCCCAAAAAUUGUGGAGGGGGAAACCCCCGAGGUUGAUGCCAUUAUUAAAGAUAUUCGAAAAACCGGUGUUACAGUAGAGUGUAGCACGGACACAGAAGAUGCGGCCAAGCUGCUGGCAGCCCCCAAUGGAAAAGAUAACGGCCACCACCAAACCAAGACAGUGGAAGAGCUUCUUCUGACACUACUACCGAAUCCUCAUCCACAUAUGACCUCUACAUUAAAUGUCGACUGUACCUUACUCCUUGCUCUAGUGUCCGAUUUAUCGCAUUUCCAAAAUAUUGAUCCAUCAGCCGGUCAUCAUCCCGCAAUAACCCGCCAGAUUGAACUCGAGGCAAAACAGCCGUUGGUCACCUCUGAACUUUGGCCGGCAAUGGGAGACAGGCAGCUUGUAUGCACUGAAGAAGCCGCCAAGAGAAUGUAUGAAAUAGUUGAGACAAUCGGUACUGCAAUUGAGAAGAAAAGGACGAAAAUAAUGAUGGCGGGGGAUAUAAACUGUGAUAGAGAGGAUUUGAUAUCCCAGUUCCAGGAGUUAUCGGACCACAAAGUUCCUUUAAAUUGGAACAUUCCCAUUAGAGUAGUAAAUGCCCAUGCAGAAAUUGAACGGGGCUGGGCAGACGGUGUCUUGCCGCCUGUCGCUCGCAUAGUUGCGAGCCAAUUAAGCGACAUUAACACAAGCGUGUUCCUGUAUGGCUGGGCAACUGGCCUCAUGACGAUCUCGAGCAAUCGGACGGUAGCUAAGCAGAUCGAAGUCCUUGUCGAGGAAAACAGAAAUGGCGAUGACGAAUUGUCAGGCCCCCUAGUUUGGAUAUGCGAUACAGCCAGAAGUUUGAUUGGCAAGGACAGCAAUAGGAAGGCCUGAAAACAGAUACCAAAUAUAUAGAAAAGUCAUGCCUCCCAUGAUGCGGCGAACGCCGUGUUAUGGAUCUUCGAUAGACAUCGGCAAGAGGAUUAAUCUAUUUACCCUAUUACCCAUAUACCAACUAGCCUUGAAGAGAGGGUUUUGGAAACACCAUUUCGAAUCAGAUAGUCCUUAAUAAACGAACUUGUUAGAAAGCCCUUUUAUUUUUCGGCCGGCUUAGCGUUAUCAUCUGGGAGCCAGAACGUGAUCUCUUUGUCUGCUGUUGCGAACAUGUUAUACCGCGGAUUGGCUUGCACGAUAACGGAGCGGGCACGGUAUGGCAGGCGGAACGCGGGCUUAAGGAAUAAACUGGCGUCCGGAGAUUGUUGGGUAUCCCAGACGAGAGUAUCAGAUUGAUCGCCAGCACCGCCAAGCACGUAACGUCCAUCUGGAGUAAAACAAACGUCCCCCUGGCCUAAUGGUUUUCCAGAACUCGAGACAGGGGCAGCACGUCCAGUGGGUCCACUUUUACCGAUUAAAAACGCCUUAAUAUUACCCUCGAAGGCGUCCAAUAGGAAAUGACCGUGGUAGUCUGUUCCGACAAGAAGAUGCUUGCCAUCAUUAGAAAACUCCAAGCGGGUCCAUGCCCUGCCCCUUGUCGAAGGGGUGAAUCGGUCUUCUUGUGGGGCAAGGUCAAAUGUCGCAAAAGGAGGCUUGUCAUAGUUUCUAAAGUCGUAGAGUAGUACUGACGAUGUAGACUGAGAGGCAAUUGCUAUGACCGAACCCGACGGGUCAAAUGCAACUAGAUAAGGGGUAGCUAGUUUAAGUUUCCCUUGGGCGUUCCUCGAAUUGAGAUCCCACAACGCAACGGUAUCGUCCUUGGAACAAGACAAAACCGCAUCUGUCCCUGGAGAAACUGCAAGUGAGGUAACCCUGUCCGUAUGACCGGCGAAGUAUCGAAGAUAACUUUCAUUGUGCAAGUCUAAAAGCC